AUGUUGUUGGUGAGCUACAAGACCUACAGAGAAGCGACGGGCGACGCGGCGGUGGGCUUGACCCGCCAGGCUGUGGCAGCUCUUCACACCUUCACGGCACAGACGACCGAGAGCGGCGGUGCGGCGCCCAGGCUGGUGGUGUGUCCGCAGCUGGUGGACCUGCGCCUGGUGGUGACGACCGCAUGCGAGGGGGUGGCCAGUGCGUGGGCACAGCACGUCGACGGAGAGGAGCGAGGGCGGGCCACAGGCUGGUGCCCGGCCGAGGUGGCCCGCGAGGCCGGCGCCACGGGCACCAUGCUCAACCACGCCGAACACAAGCUCGACCCCGACCAACUCCAGCGCACGGUGCAGCAGUGCCACCGCGCCGGGCUCGAGGUGCUGGUGUGGGCCAACUCGCUUGAUGAAGUCGAGGCCCUCCUCGCCAGCUUGGGCGACGACGACCGCCCCGAGUGGAUCGGCUACGAGCCGGAGGAGCUGAUCGCGUCGGCCGACACCUCGGUGGCCAAGGCCCGGCCCGAGCUGAUCGUGUCCGUGGUCGAGCUCGUGCGCCGCCUCACCAACGGCCGCACCAAAGUGCUGGUCGGUGCGGGCGUCAAGGACCAGCACGACGUGCGGGCGGCGUUGCGGCUGGGCGCACACGGCGUCGGUGCCGCGUCAGGCUUCGUUCGUGCGGCGCAACCGUCCGACGUCCUGCUCGACCUCCUCACCGGCUUCUCCGUCACCACCGAGCCUUAG